AUGGAGUCCCGAUUCCAAAAAUGUAGAUUGUGCUUAAAACUUGGUGGAUUUUGUUCAAUAUUUGAACAAGAUGAGAGCAUUAAGUUAUCUGAGAUGGUUAUGUCUUUUACUAACAUUCAAAUAUACGAAGGUGAUGGGUUAUCAGAUCGAGUUUGCACCUCUUGUAUUGAAAAUCUAAGCACAGCUUAUUUGUUCAAACAACAAUGUGAAAGAAUUGAUAGCUUAUUGAGAAACUGUCCAGACACAAACUUAGACAAGUCCUCUGUUAGUGACUAUAACAGUAUUUUCAACAAGGAGUUUCACAUGCAUGAUGGCACUAUGGAAGAAUUUGUUUCUGCUGAAGAUGACAACCAUGAAAACUUUUGCAAAGACAAUAUGGACAGCAAUAUCUUCCAUGAUAUAAGUGAUGAGACUGACAGUGAUGUUGAUUCCAUUAAGUGUGUGGGUUGUAAUGAAUCCUACAGUAAAUUGGGUACUCACACUUGCCGAACUACUUGCACCAUAGAGCGGAAUCAACUACAGAGAUCCAGCAGCAAUGAGACUUUAGUUGCUUCUGAUGUAGCCACACAUGAACCACGGAGAGCCACUCAGUCACUGCCUCCACGUGCAACACAACCAUUGCCUGACAUACCUGAAGACAUGGAUGUCACAUGUGUCCUAUGUGAUGACAAGUUUGAUGAAUACGACAAGUAUGUCAUACACUUCAAUAAGUGCACCACUAAUGUCAAACUCCACCAUUACGUUUGUCCAGUUUGCCAUGACAUAUACACAGAAAAAAUGGCAUACUUGGAACAUCUUAAGGCUGAACACUUUAAAGUAACUUCAAAAGAGACUGUUGUACAUUAUAAGGCUGGAUUUAUUGAUCCUGGAGAGGAUUGUGUGGACUUUGUGCCAUCAUUAGAAAAGACUAGGAAACCGAAGGCUGUGCGACGUCAAAUAGGUUGGUCUGUUGAGGAUAUUUAUCAGGAAAUUGAUUGCAAAAGAGUGGAGGAAAAAGUAACCCCCACAUCGAGUCCAUUUAAAAAUUUUUUUUCAAAGUUGGGAAAUGAAAGUUUUAGCAGGCAGAGUACACCUAAAAAAGUAAGUUUUCGGAAAUUAUUAGAGAGUGGGAAAGAGAAGACUGCAAAAUAUUUUCAGAGCACCAAACUGAAGAAGAAGGUGUCUGGCUACAGCCCUAUAAAGGGAAAAAUGCAGGUGUCUACUAAAAUAAAAGCAAGUCUGUCAGAAAUGACUUCAGACAGUGACUAUCAUUCCCCGAGUGGAACUUCAGAGGAGUCCUGGAAGUUGAAACAGAAUUUAAUAUGUGCUUGUGAAAAGAAAGUGUUCAUGUUAUCUGAGAGUGUUAAUAAUCGCGAAAAAAUUGCCGCAAUGAUAACUGAGUUAGGGGGCGUUGUAGCGGAAAAUACAAAAAUGGAAAUGUUGGCAACACAUUUUAUAGCAGUGUUGCCAAACGACACAUUCACUGGUAUGAUGGUAUGCGCCCUCGCUACGGGCAAGUGGUUGAUUCACGUCAACUUUAUUUACGACAGUUUUAGAUGCAAGAAGUUCCUCCAGGAAUACUUGUAUGAAUGGCUAAAACAUCCCAAAAUACUGGAAAUUGACACAACAAGUGUAGAAGUGGCGAAAGCAGCAGUGUACUGGCACCUGGAACUUGAUGCACUCAGUGCUAAGUAUCCCUUUGAGGGCAAACAAAUCGUCCUGAUCAUGAAGAGGAAGUACAGACAAUAUUAUCAAAUGAUAUUCAAGACUCUAAAGGCAAAGCCAGUUACUUAUGAUCCAAGGACUCCAGGCAGUUGCUGCACUGCAGAUUAUUGUUUUGUUGACAUGAAAAUUAUUGAAAGAGUCAAACUUCGCUUUUUCGCCCGCCAUAAUGUGCCUGUGUUUCCAUACCAGUACAUAUUGGUGUACUUGCUCAAAAGAGGUCAGGUUGAAGACGAAUACAAGUAUCUUUUGCAAGAUUGCAAGAAAUAUGCAAAGGACACGAUGUUUUUGCUGAACGACACCUAUUAA